AUGGCUAGGCUUGAUUUAUUACCUCUGAUCCUUUUUCUGUGGGUGGUCCUGGUAGCUGCCCAUGUACCUGAUCCUCCUCAACAUACACCUGAGGGCUGCUAUCGUGGACAACCCCGGUCUGCAAUUCGUGCCGGCUUCACACGCACCGAGGUCGAGCGCGAGAAAUGCAUAGAGUCAUGUCAUGAGAAUGGUUCUGCGGUUGUUGUACUUGGUGCAAACACUUGUUGGUGUGCCGAUGCAGAUGCCUACUCAAGCGAAGAUAGCGUUGACGAUGCCCACUGCGUCCAAUGCUUGGUCAAGAAAGACUCCGAAUGUGACCGAGACGACAGAGAUCUCCACCAUGUCAUUCGGCUUACCACCGAUAAGGAGCUCAUGGAGCAACCCCCCAAGUUUGGAGAGAUCACGGCACAGGGUUGCUACCAUACAAACGUACGGAAGCCAAUGAUGAGGGGGAUGGUGCAAGAUGAUAAGUCUCUACUUGCAUGUGCCAAAUCGUGCGGAGACGAUGGCAUGCCUCUUGCCGCAGUCACUGGCCGGGUCUGCUACUGCGCCGAGUCCUACCCAAGCGACGUGCACAAAGUGCCCUCCAACCGGUGUUAUAUGCCAUGCUCAAGGGAGGGUGACAACGAUAGGUGCCAAAUUGGGCAUGCGUAUAAUCCUCGUCGAAAAUUAGACUACCUCACGGUCUACGAUACUGGUCUUGGCCUAGAUGUUGCAACAGAUCCUGUUCCCGAUCGCAAGUCCAAGCCUACGCCAAAGAAAACAACCACCGAAAUUUCACAGCCAGAUUCCGAGCCUAAGUCCCACUCGAGAUAUGCAGCACGCUGUUACACUCAACCACCUUACGACGCGGUCUCAAUACCGUUAGAGCCGGAGGAAAUGAGCAACUUCCCAGUGUCUUGCUUCCUUGCCUGUAAGAAAAUCGAGAGAGCUGUCGCCGUUAUGCUAGACGGCAUGUGUGCCUGUGCCCCGACGUACCCUCGCGCUUUAUCCGCGACAACUACUCGGAAGUGCCACAUUCCUUGCAGUGGCGAUGGAUCCUAUUUCUGCGGAGGUAUUCGAGAUGACCGCCCAACUGCGUUCUCUAUUUAUCACACAGGAUUCAACCCCGAUAAAUCCGAUAUUGGGCAGGAGCCUCAGUACAGCAUAGACCUCACUACUAAGCCAUACCCCGUUCAAAGGCCGGCCACGGAGCCUCGCGCAGGCGCGUACACUAGCCAAGGGUGCUUUAACAUGCAACCAGCCACUGGGGCGCUGAGAGUGUUCAAUAAAGCAAACUCAGGCUUUGUCUGUGCACGAUUCUGCAAACACGAUGAACAAGCUGUGGCAGCAGUCAAGGGAGGCUGGUGUCAUUGCUCCGACACUUACCCAUCUGACAAUGCCAAGGUCAGCGAUAGUGAAUGUAGUAUCACUUGCCCAGGUUCUGACCAUCAAGUCUGCGGUGGACGUGACGUCUGGAGUGUUAUCAACACAGGAAUUAAUCUCAAUGUGGGUAAUGAUGUACCCAGGACGGGGGCGUUUUCAUGGGUUGUAACGAAGGUGGAAGAGGUUGCACACAAUCUGAGAGAGGCUGUGGGUGGGUUUGUUGACAGUGGUCAGAAUUUAUUCGACGCCUGUCUAAGGAGAUUGAUGGUGUUUGUGUCAGACAUUACCUACUUUGGUGAGGGUGGUGUAGACCUUUGA